AUGUGGCCUCGACGACAAGCGCGGGGUGACAGCUCUACAGCCGCUCAGAUCUCGAAUCCUGCAGCUCGUAUCGCGUCGGAUGCUGCAGCAACAACUUCAGCACCAUCGUCUGUAUCCUCAGCUCCUUUUUUGCUUCAUAACGAUGCCGGUAAAGCUGUAGACGCCCGUGUCAAAUGCCACCACGAGGUCAAAAAUGGUGAAGAUGACGCUGCGUGGUUGUCGCGCGCACUAGACGCCAAGAAGAUGCAUAAGCAUGCCGAUCGUAUAAAGAAGAAAUCCGUCAAAUCUUUGAAUCAUGAGAGUGUGAAAAAAAAGACGCGGCAGAAGGUGAGAAAGGAUCAAAAGGGGAAGGCAUUGGACUUUACAAUCUCGGUACAGGAACGGCAACGUGUGUGGCGUUCUGGAGCAGAGAAGACGUCUUUAGAUAAGGUGGCAGAUCGUGCAAGGCAACAGGAACGGGAAAAGCAGGAGGUGGGCUUUGAUUGUGUUUUCAAGGAGGUCUUUGGCGAGGCACGAGGUGCAAUCAAAAAAGAAGACGAGAGAUUUUUUGACGGAUCGCUAGGUUUGAUCGACACGACAGCUGCAUUGCCGCUACCACGACCUUGCUCCUUGUCUUCAAUCAGCGAUGAAGACAGCGAAUCGGUGGCGGACGUGGGGACUAGAGCGAGUGGAAAAAGAAAAACGUUAGAAGUACAGAAAGACGGAAUCGAAGAGGAAGCAUGGAGCUUUGCUUCGAAUGUGAACAGCACCCUGAGCCUUGACGAUUUUGAGGCUCCGCCCAGGUGUAGUGAAGACAGUACUAAUGCGUGUAGUGCGGCUGCGAAAGCAGCAGAGCUUGAGCGGUGGAAAGUAGACAAUGCACAAAGUGCUGUUAGUGACAACUUUGUGCGCCUUAAUAUGCGAAAACGACCUAAGGGAAGCUCCGGACGUGCUAAGAAGCGUCCAGCGUAUUUACGAGCACGAAGUGAAAACCCGCUUGAUGAAGCAACCGGUGACAACUCCACCGGCAUCGCUCCACUUGUCGAUGCGAAAGGCAGCCAGCACCGCAAACAAGAGAAGGUACUACUGGCUGAUGACGGAGUGGAUUUUAUCGAAGAGUGUUUAGAAGCACUAUCUAGGGCUGAAGAGGCUCGUGGCCUUACAACUGAGAAUACGGGAGAACGUAUUGUAGGAGCAGAGCAGAAGAUGGAAGCUUGUGAGCCGCCGAGAUGCCACCAUGCACUUCCUUGUCAAAGCCUCGAGGUCAAGAAAAAGAACAAGAACUGUGGCCGACGAUUCUUCGCGUGCCCGCUGAAUUUUGAUGAAGGUCGUUGCGAUUUCUUUUUGUGGGGAGAUGACCAUGUUCCGCUUGCACUACAGACGCUUUUCACUGCUUCGACUUCGAGUGAUGCUGGUGAAUCAGCGGUAGCUGCAGCAUCCAUUGAGUGUGUGCCCAUGAAUAUUGAGGCUACUGUAGAAGAACAGCGUGAAGCAAUGCUUACUAAUCUGCGCCUAGUGUUUGGACAUGCUGAUUUUCGUCCUGGACAGCAGUGGGCUAUCUCAAGAGUGCUGCGUCAACAGGAUACUCUUCUCGUGUUGCCAACUGGUGCAGGAAAGUCGCUUUGCUACCAGUUUCCCGCUCUUUUUCUACCUGGAAUAACGCUAGUUAUUUCUCCGCUUAUUUCACUGAUGAACGAUCAGUACGAGAGUCUUCCUGACCCGCUAAAAGCUCGUGCGGCGUGUCUUUCUGGAUCGCCCGGCUCUGCUGGUGGGUUGUCAAAGGCCAAACACGCAGCUUUUGUUCGAGAUCUGUUAGCAGAUAAGCUUUCCCUGAUUUUUCUGUCACCGGAGAAAGCCCUGGGUGCAGGUAUGCAAUCGCUGCUAGCAAUGCCGCGUGUACGAGCUCGACUGGCGCUGGUAUGUGUUGAUGAAGCGCAUUGUAUUUCUGAAUGGUCCCAUCACUUUCGCCCAAGCUAUCUGCGACUGGCAGAGGUCUUCCGACAUGCCCGGUGCGUUCUAUGCGUGACUGCUACAGCUUCUCGACGCGUUGUGCGCGAAGUGCUGCAUCAGUUGCGAUCGCGGCGUCAACUUCAAGUUGCGACCAGCAAAAGUUGCGCGCAGGAAAGUGAUAUGGUGCUGCAAAUGCCGUGGCAACGGAGGAAUCUGGCACUGGAGGUCCGCUCUGUGCGCUCCAAUGAUGAAAGGCUGCAACAUCUCGUCCACGUUCUUCCAGAGCUAAGCAAGGGAGCGACUUUAGGGUCGAAAGGAAGCGGUGGAGGUGUUAUCGUGUACGUUCAUCAGCAGAGACAGACGGAGGAAUUGGCAGCACUGCUUCGUGAGCAGCUGCCGUCCGCAUGGCGCAGCACCGGAAAAGUGCUGGCGUUUCAUGCUGGUAUGUCUCCCGAAGCAAAGGAAAAAGUCCGUACUGGCUUUGCUCGAGGCAGAGUGCGUGUAGUGGUGGCCACCGUGGCCUUUGGCAUGGGUAUCGACAAGAAGAAUGUGCGUGCAGUUGUACACUUCCAUAUGCCAUCUUCGGUGGAAGGCUACGUCCAGCAAGUCGGUCGAGCUGGUCGUGACGGGAAGCAUGCGCGAGCGCUCCUCUAUUUACUCGACGAAGAUGCAGUGUACUUCCGUUCCUUGCUUUUCUCGACCGCGCUGCACCGCGAGCAACUUCGAAAGCUACUUGCCUUUGUUUUCCAGGAUCAGACGACCGCAGCGACCUCGGCUAUAUACCAUGUUGUCACUGUGAAUUAUUCCGGUCAACGAGAUGGCGGUGGUUUCACGCUAGUGUCCUUAGAUUGCGAUUGGUUGGAACGUCACCUUGACAUGAAGGCGGCGACGAUUGAGACAUUUCUCACGCUGCUGGCACUUGAAUCGCAGCGUGAAGACAACAAGGAGGACAACAGCUUAGGUUUGCGUGUGAGGCUGAACCCUUCGAGUAUGAGUAGAUGUACGCUGCAGCUGCUCGAUACGCAAGCGAGGAAAUUGGCACCUUGCUCAUUUGCAAAGCUUUUGCUUGAAGCCGUGCGGCGAAACGAGUUACCCAAUGCUCGUGCGACACAUCGCAAGGACGGAUACUUGAGCUCGUGGACUGUAGACUUUCAUGUGCAUGAAGCAGUCCAAUGGUACCAGCGUAGAGCAAAAGUCCGUUCUGCUUUAGAGGCAAGACCAGACACUGGAUUGUAUGGAGGGACUGUCGCCAUCGCUGUUAAUGCUGCAACAAAUGAGCGUCGAAUGCUACAAGAAUUGCGAGCAGCUAAGCAGGCUGGCCAGAUUCAGCACCUGUCACGUUCUCAACCAGCAUUCCAGGUGCAAUUGAGCUGGCACGCUGACUUAAGCGAAACGACGAAAGCUGAGAUUGUUGAUCACUUUACCACGACGUUGUACGCAAAGCACAAACACCUGGAGUCUCGUCAACUUUCUCGCCUCGCUCAUCUGUAUGGUGCGCUGCGCGCAGCUGCGCUGCCGACACCGUCUCCAGCCGAAUUAAGGCGCCGUGUUCACGACGACAAUUUGGAAGAAGAUCUUGAAGACAAAGCACGUGCUCUUGAAGCUAAGUUCGCGCGCUAUUUCGAUGAUUACAACGAACUUGACGUUGGUGGUACAGACGAGAUCAACGAGGGUGACUGUCUCCUGCAGACGAAAAUGCGACCACUGACACCAUCGUUGAUCGAGUCUAUAGAACGUGACACCAUGUCGCUCAUACAGCUUCGCGUCAGUGAUGGAAAUGUGAUGGAAAGUAGCGAAGCCGAGGAGGACAUGAAGAGUGCUGAAGGCAGCAGUUGGACGAGUUUUAUGGUGGCUAAGAUUUUCCAUGGUCUACCGACCCCUCAGCUUUCGUCGCGGCAGUGGCGCGACCACAUUUGCUGGCGUCGUUAUUCGGAUGUGGCCUAUGAACGCAUUGUCCAAAUUGCGCAGAAAGUGUUGAUGGAAGAUGGCAAAAAUUAA